AUGUGCACGAUUCGGUUGACAUCAAUUUUUUUCGUCGAUUGGGAGACCACAAGCAAAGAUUUCGUGAAAGGGAUAAAGUUCACUUCGACGCAACGAGAUAUAAAAGUUCACUUGUUUUACAACAAGAAAACACCGAAAAAUGAGCUUCCUGGAGAUUCGGAGUGGAUUGUAAAACAUCCUACGCUUACAUCUUCCGCCGAGGCGUCUUGGACGGCGCUUUUAACGUACGUGCUGCAUUUUUACACGCACACGGCGUGCAACUGUACAAACAACCACUGUAGACUUUGGCCUAAGCGCCAUGUUCAUACAAAGUACAGGGCUCAUAUUGUAUGCGGAGACGAAGCCAGGUACGAAGAAUUGCAAGCCAUUUUGAAAUUCAAUAAAAUUCCUGUAAAAAUAAUCGACGUUGGGGAGCGUACCCUUCUCGACUUGUUUCAAUAUUCUUGCAACCACUGCAAAAUUAUUUUCAAAACUAAGAAAGAAGCUGAUGCCCAUGACCAGAUCAAGCACAAUUUUCUGUGCACGAAUUUGAGAUGCGAAAAAAGCAAGCGAACGAACGGCUUCUUUGCAAGGAAGGAAUUGGAAGAUCAUCUUGCGCGCCAGCGGAGCUGCGAAUUCUGCCCAGAUAAGAUAUUCUGCUCGACUAAAAAACUUGAAGAACACAUGGGAAAAACUCAUAGAAAAUGCGACUGCAGCUGUGAGGAGUACUACGAAACGAGAGAUGAAUAUCUUGAGCAUUUUUACAGUAAUUUGCCUCUGCCGUGUCUCGAAGAGCCGAGUUGUUCCGAGCGCUUUCCGAACAUUGAGUUUCAAGCUUUCCACCACAAGUCAGUCCACGGGGCAACCUAUCCGUACUAUUGUAUGGCCUGCUAUAAAAAGAAGUACUUGGUCUGUCUCAAAACCGCUGAAGAAUUAUUGAAUCACGUGGAGGAAGAAAAACAUUGUGAUGAAGAAUUUUCUUUUGCGCAAAUUCCUCUCCAUAUUGCAUUGGGAGAAAACUGA